AUGAUGGCAGAGAGGGCGGACGUGCACAUUGCACCAUCAUCAUCCAUGCCAAAUCUGCUCCCAGCUGGGGCGAGUCGUCUUCCUGCUGGUGCUCGCUGGGUAGCCGCCCGUGGCAGCGGCCAGUUUCAUUUUCUCAAUGCAGACCAUGUGAUCCAUGACAAACAGCAUGAGGCUUCGCAGCAGGCGAUGUGGAACCAGCGCCGCUCUCUCCAGGAAGAAAACAGGCAAAGAAGCAGUCGACUUUUGGAUCAUUUCUCGGACGAUUUGUCACAGACGACGCAAGAGAAGUUGCUGGCCGUUCGAUCUGCAACAUAUGACAUCAACGGCAAGGUGUUCGCCGCUGGUAAACAACCUACUGCGCCGCCCAAACAGAGCGACCGGGGGCACUGGUUGACACAGGUCAACGGUUUAACCAACCGCUACAAUAUUAUCAAUGGCAUGUCGAUGAACCCUUCAAUUGCUCGCCAUCGUGAUGCAGAGCUGCAAAGGCUUUCGCAAACGUUGUCCGGACUUCCCGCCGGAAAUGUCCAACCUUUGCGUGAUGUGGCUUGUUACGACAUUCCGGGCUUUGUGCCGCUCAGGCAACGACAUCUGCCGGGAGAGGUCGAGCGAACGUACACUUUGAAUAGCUGA